CAUUCGCUUGGAAAGGGGGGGAAGUUUGAUCCUCUUUCUCACGGAUCGCUAUAACGGGAGUUUUUCUCGUAACUCUUCCCAGCGAAAGGAUUUUUUUUCGGUUCAAUGGGUUUUUUUUAUUUUAAUGUAGACUGUUGAAGAAAACGCCUUCCAACCCACGGUACGAUCUCCGAAGCUUCUGCGUUCCGCUAAACUGGAAUUGUACCUAAUUGUAUUUUGUUUUUUCUUUCACAAGUUGACUCAAGCUCAUGACCAUGCUUCUCGAUAGCGGUCCGCAGUUCGCGUCGUUAGGAGUAGGGGGGUUCGGAGCACCACGGCACCACGAACUGGGGAACAGAGACCCGGGGCUGGGACUCAACCCCUUCUCAGACUCCCACUCGGCAGCUUUCAAAAUCAGCCCGGUGGCUCACGAGAUCGCAUCCAGCCAGACAUCAGCGUUCACCCCGCAAGCCACUGGAUAUGCAGCUGCCCUGGGACACCCUCACCACGGCGGACAGGUGGGCUCGUACGGAGGGGGACCGUUCAAUUCGACCCGAGACUUUCUUUUCCGAAACCGUAGUGUGGGAGAGUCCGCGGCGUCCAGCGCCCAGCAUGGGAUCUUUGCAGCGUCGGCGGGGUCCCUGCACGGACCGCCUGGGAUGGCCGAUAACCCAGGACAUUUGUUGUUUUCGGGGCUCCACGACCAGGGGGUGAGCCACUCUUCACCCAGCGGACAUGUGGUCAACAGUCAGAUGCAUUUAGGUUUGCGCGGGGACAUUUUUGGAAGACCUGAUCCGUAUCGUCCAGUCGCGAGCCCUCGGACGGACCCCUACGGAGCACAGCUUCACAACUACAACCACCCGAUCAAUAUGAAUAUGGGCAUGAAUGUACCGACGCACCAUGGCCCGGGAGCGUUUUUCAGAUACAUGAGGCAACCCAUCAAACAAGAACUGUCGUGUAAAUGGAUUGACGAGAACCAAAUUCACCGGCCUAAGAAGACUUGCGACAGGACUUUCAGCACAAUGCACGAGAUGGUAACGCAUGUCUCCAUGGAGCACGUUGGGGGCCCCGAACAGAGUAACCACAUAUGCUUUUGGGAGGACUGCCCGAGAGAGGGCAAAUCCUUUAAGGCCAAGUACAAACUGGUGAAUCACAUACGUGUGCACACGGGCGAAAAACCCUUUCCUUGUCCAUUCCCGGGAUGUGGUAAAAUAUUCGCCCGGUCGGAAAAUCUGAAAAUUCACAAAAGAACGCAUACAGGUGAGAAGCCGUUUAAGUGUGAGUUCGAUGGCUGUGACAGACGCUUCGCGAACAGCAGCGACAGGAAAAAGCACAUGCACGUCCACACAUCUGACAAGCCAUACAUCUGCAAAGUGUGCGACAAGUCCUACACCCAUCCCAGCUCUCUCAGGAAACACAUGAAGGUACACGAAUCUCAAGGUUCUGAGUCAUCUCCGGCAGCAAGUUCUGGAUACGAGUCCUCCACACCACCAGUGCUGGUUUCAGCGAACACUGAAGACCCAACAAAAACGCCACCGUCAGUCGUACAAAACACGUCUGGGCAGCACGAUGGACUGGCACCCAAUUUUAAUGAAUGGUACGUUUGAAAUCAAACACAGCAUCCCUCAAUGUGGACCAAAAAAGGUUUUAUGAAACCUUAAUAACUAUUCACACCACGAUGUACAAAAUGGAAUUGCAACAACGUGAGGAGAUGAGAACAAGCCAACAAAAGCAGGCCACGUCCAUUCUCAGGAAUUAAAUUUGACUUUUAUUCCGAGUUUGGAAAAAUCAAAUAAAUCACAAAUAAAAACAUAUUAGGUACUUUCAAAGUAUAAAUAAAUGUUUUCCUUUUAUUUUCAGUUGACAGAUCUCAGAAAAUUAUUUUAUUUUUCAUUUUAUGUAUUUUCUCAAAUUUUAUUUAAAAAAGAAAAAAAGGCAGUUUAUUUUACGCUGUUUUAUAUAAUGGUGACCUAAUUUUGUCGCCUUCCAAUUGAUUGUUAGUAGGCCUACUUCAAACAGUCUUAAGAAACGUGCCAAAGUCUUUGUCAUGAACUUGAACAAAAAAAAAUCAUAAAUAAAUAUUAUACUCGUGAAUGUAUUUCCUUGUUUGAUGGAGUCGAAUCUGUUGUUAUACGUCCGUUUUCAGGUGGAGAAAUGUGGUAUUAGGUUACGAUUGUUACCAUUAAAUAUAACGUUGCCUUUUGUUAAUACCGUUGUAAAUAGCCUACAUAUCCAUGAUGCCAUAUUUAUCAAUUUGUAAUUUAAUUAUGGGUAUGAGUUCUGAAACUUAAAUGAUAUUUAUGGAAAUGUUUUCUAACAAGACUGUACAGUUUGGGUCAUAACCAGCUUAGCAUAGAAGAAAUGAAAAACUCUAAAGCUCCAACAUUGCGAUUGUAUUCUUUUUUUAACCAAUACAUGUGUCUUAUUUGGAUCUAAGAUAUCAUCUAUAUGAAUUUUAUGGAUUUGUCUAUAUAUGAUGCAAAUAUGUCUGUUACUUUAUUUAGCUUAUGAGACCAUUGACAUGUAAAUCAUGACCGUGCAGAGCUGAGUUUAAAUGAGGUGAGGAGCGACCAAGCGGCUCUUUUUUUAUAUCCUCAUUUGGGAUGAAUUAAACAUUUUGUGUAUUUUACUUUUAUAGAGUCAGAGAUAGAUGUCAAUUUGUAGCAUAAAUUCAUCAGCCUUUUUCACUCGUGUAGACCUACAAGUUUAAAGCCGAUGCGUGUUACAUCCACAAACUCCAAUUCUCCGUGACAGUUUUUAAGUACUAUUUUAAAUUUAGUAUCGCAUCCCGACACAUGAGCCAGAUUGGCAUCCUUAAUAGUUCCAUGUCUUUGUGAAGGUAGCCUAUGUUUAAUGUGAGCAUCGGCAACAAAUGGAACUGUCUCAACUCAGUAUCUUCAAAAUAAAAGUUUUUUUUGUCUGUCAGCUUGCAUUGUUUUAAAUGUACUUAUUCUGUGUAACUAAGUGUGUUAUUUGUUACUGUGGUGUUGCAUAUAGAGCAGUUUGAUUACACAUUUGCUUGUUUUGUGUGAGUAACGUGUCAAGAUGACCAUUUUGUGUUAACAAAAUUAGUGAAAGGAAUAGGUUAUUAGAUGUGGGUUCAGGGGAAUACUUCCUGUGGCAAAAAGAGUUACAGCAUUGCAUUGUUACCCAUUCUCAAGAAUUCAAUAUUAUGCAUACACAAAGUUUAUUGGGCUCCUAUGAGAACAAUUUCAGACCACCAGCACUACUUUUAAAACAAAAAAAUGUAAAAACGGUACCUCUUGACAGUGAUAUAUUAAAUACGUUUAUUUAAAUAAUUUAAGGAAUAUAUGUUUUAUAUGCUAUUUUCUAUACCUUAAUUUAAGAGAAGUACUUUUCUUAUUCCAACAACCUUUCUGCCCAAUGUCCGAAGUCCUAAAAAGAUCUGAUGUAUAAACAAAGCUAGAAUGUGAUGUUGUAACACUUUCUGGGAGAAAUGGGUCAAGCUCCAAGUUAUUCCUGAAAAGCAAAAUGUUUUACUGAUGAACUGUGUCACUGUGCCAGUUGGAGGCAAAUUAUGUUACAGCAGGAGACUUAGGCCUCGGCGAUACCUAAAGAUCAUAUAAGGUUCCUUGUACUUUUAGGCUACUGUACGUUGGUUUUUUGUUCUACCAACUAUUUAUGAAGAAAUGUGAACGAAAGUUU